AUUUUUCCAGUGCAUCCCGAAAUUGCGCCAUGGAUCGUCCGCCCAAGCCACACAUGGGGUUUCGUCCGAAAAGCUCGAUUCCAACGCCCAUUUUGGUGCCCAAAGAAGAAGCCCCAAAGCCCCCAGAGGCCCACAAGAUACUGUUUGCCAAGAAUACCAAGAAAAGUGGCGUUUCUGUGAUGAUGAGCCGCUGGAAGCCCAUCGACGACUUGGCUCUGAUGAUUGGCAUCGAGCAGACCAACGACCUGCGCACUGUCCACAGUGCCACGAAGUUCUCGUGCAACUUCACGCUGCAGGAGGUGCAGCAGCGCUGGUGUGCCCUGAUGUACGCCCCGUCGCAGUCCCGUUUGGCCCGAGAGGCCAUCGGGAAUCUCCACCCGGAGACGGUGGAGUCCGUGCACAAGAAGGCGAUCUUCAGCGAGGGGGAGGAGGCCCUGCUGGCCACCUUCAAGUGCACCGAGAGCCCCGAGCUGGAGCAGUUCCAGGAGCUGCUCGACAAGAACGGCUGCACCUUCUGGCGCUCGCGCACCGCCAAGGACCUGCAGGACUACUGGCUGCUCAUGAAGAAGUACUUCCUGUUGCCCGACCAGGUGAUACCGCUCGACGGACCGGACCCCCAUCCGCCGAGCUUCUCCGACAUCGAGGAGGACAUCUGCGACGUGGAUCUGGAUCAGCCGCUCGACGAGGCCCUGGAAAAGGAGCUGGAGCUGCAGAACCGGCGCAACAAGCGCUCCGUUCGCUUGCUGGAGAACGAGAUGUCGCGCCUGUCCGUCCUGGUGGACUCUUCUUUGGGACCGAAUGCCGCCACCCAGGAGCUGGACAGCGACACCCUGGCCUGCCUGUGCGGCCAGCAGGUGCGCUACAUGAUGCAGCACCAGGAGAUCACCUUCGGACGCGACGCCAACGAGUUCUCGGUGGAUGUGGACCUCUCGCUGGAGGGGCACGCGGCCAAGAUCUCGCGCCACCAGGGCACCAUUAAGCUGCAGAGCAACGGGGACUUCUUCAUCUCCAACGAGGGCAAGCGGCCCAUCUUUGUGGGCGGCAAGCCCGUGCUCCAGGGCCACAGGACGCGCCUGGCCCACAACAAUCUGGUGGAGAUCUGUGGCCUGCGCCUGAAUUUUCUGGUCAACAGCAAUGCUGUCAAUGCCAUACGCCUGGCGGCAAGCUUCCACACCGAGCAGCCCCUGAAGUAGACCCAAGGAUCGGCCCAAAACGAAACAAGUUACCAAAAUAUUCAACAUAUCAAUUAUACAAAAACACCACACCGAAUGAGAGUCGAACCUAGGGUUUUUUUUGGUAAAUUGUUUCGUUUAUAAAUAAUAUAUUAUGUGGCACUUGCACUGCUACCAGGCGA